GUAAAAAUAAUAAAAAUUAGUGACGUUAAAAUGGAAGAUCAUAACAAAUAUUAUUUAAAAAAAUUAGAAAAUGAGGAAAAUGAGAGCGGAAUGCUUAAUGCAUUGACUUCAAGAGAAGAAGAUUCAUUACUAGUGGAUCUCGUAAAAGAGGUUACCCGCAUAUUUAUAACAAAGAAUCAAAAGACUUUAAAGAUAUUAACAAAAGAAACAAUUCCUGGAAAGAAAUAGGAGAAAUAUUAAACGCAACAGCUUCAGAUUGUCAAGCAAGAUAGGCAAGAUUGCGUGAGCGAUAUUCUCGUGAGAAGAAAUUGCGGGAAAUAGAAACAAAAAAUGGAAGUGAAAAUUCAUUGAGACCACAAUUUCUUUUAUACGAACAAAUGAACUUUUUGUUCAAAUUUGUCAAGAGUAGGAAAACUAUAAGUAAUAUAUCGGACUUGACUUCGAAACAUUCAAUCAAUGAAUUACAUUCAAUCAAGACAAAUGAGUUAACAGAAAAGUUAGGAUCCUCAAAUAUAUCAAAAAAUCAGAUUCGAUCAAGUAAGAAAGAUGAUAUAAUUAAUAAAUUGCCUAAAUCAAUGUCAGCAACUGUGAAUGCAUCAGCAAUAGUAGCUUCUACAAGUUCAUCGAUACCUUCUACAUUCCAUUCUCCUUCUCACUCAGUUCUCAAAUCUUGCUCACAUAAUAGCGAUAAUUAUUCCCAGAGAAAUAUGGAAGAACCAGAUAAACAUAAAUCUUCAGAAUUUGAUAGCGAUGAUGAUUUUUCUUCAUCACAUAAUCCAAAUCCAUUAAGUAUUGCAUGCAGUAACAAAAAAAUAUUUCCUCCACUAGAGUAUUUAGAAACAUCAGAAAACAAAGCAAUUUCUCCAGCAGCGUAUUCAACAUCUUUACUUAACAGUAAAAUUUCAUAUGAACUUGAUCGAGAAUUGGUAUCUCCAACAUUAUCUUUUGAUUCGUCAUCAGGUAUGUCAUCUAAUUUACCAAAAAGAUUUAAAAAAAAUAUUAAACGCACCUCUUCAGCAGAUAAGAAGGAAGAAUCAUUUUUAAAGUUAACGUCAGUAGUUUCAUCACAUUUAGAAAACAAAGCUCCAAAUGUAACAUUCUUUGAUGCAAUGGAUGAAGAUGACAUUUUUGCAAAAGCAGUUGCAUGUCAAUUAAAAAAAAAUUCGGAACUCAAAAAUCUCAACUAAAAGGUCAAAUAAUGAAAAUAUUGUAUAAUCUGUAAAACAGAUUACAAAACAUUUUAUUAUAUAGUUAUCAAAAUAUAAAUGUUACAUGUAUUAAAUAUU